GCCACUUGCCAACUGCGACCACAAAGCUCAACCGAUCACUUUAUAAACCUCUUAUUGAAACGUUAUCCCAGAAAUAGUUAACUUCUCUGCAGCCGCUGACAGGACUCAGGACUUCCCUCCGAAGGUGAACGCAGGCGGUAAUUUAUUUUUAAAGUUGGAUUACAGCGGAGUCUCUUGAAGAACUGAGAGGAAAUAUUGUCUGCCAGAUGCUGCUCAGAAGAUGAGCAGCAGCGAAGUACAGAUUUGGGAAAUCAGCGGAAUCCCGUGCUGUCAACGGCAGUGUGGCGAGCGUAGAUAAGCCCCCUUAUGAGGUGAAAACCCUUCCCCGUCCUGCAGUAUCCCCUCCCAGCACCACCAGCAGGAAUAAGGGAUGUCACAGCUGUUCCUCCUUUCGGCGAUGCUGAUUGUCUCCUGCAGCAUCGAGGUGUCUCCUGCUGCUUCUCUGGAUAAGCUGAAGGAGAGUUGGAAAUUGUACACAGAGGAGUGUAAGCGCAACAUCAGCCGAGACCCGCCAAGCACCGGCCUCAUGUGCCAGAGGGAAUUUGACUUGUAUGCCUGUUGGCCUGAUGGACUCCCCAACACCACUGUCAGUGUGCCAUGUCCGUGGUAUCUGCCAUGGUACCAUAAAGUUAAACAUGGCAUGGUGUAUCAGGACUGUGAUGCAAACGGCCAGUGGGCAACUACGAAGAAUACCAGCGAGUGUGACUCUAAUGAUACAGGUCAGCAGUACUAUGGCCACAUUCGGAUCAUGUACACAGUGGGCUAUUCCUUAUCACUGGUGGCUUUGGUGUUGGCGCUUGGCAUCCUCAUAUUCUUUAGAAAACUGCACUGCAUGAGGAACAACAUCCACAUGAACCUGUUUGCCUCCUUCAUCCUGCGAGCGCUGUCCAUCCUCAUCAAAGAUGCUCUGUUGGAGGCCAACACACCGUUGCGGGACCUUGGCAGAGACCAGGAGCAGGGAUUUCCCCAGGCGUCCUUUCCUCCAGUGGAGCUGCUGGUCAACAACGAGAUGGUGGUGAGCUGCCGCAUCGCCAUGGUGAUGAUGCAGUACAGUAUCAUGGCCAACAGCUACUGGCUGCUGGUGGAAGGCAUCUACCUCCACAACCUCCUGGUCAUCACUGUGUUUACAGAGAGGAACUACUUCAAAAUCUACCUGUGCAUUGGCUGGGGUACCCCAUUAAUAUUCCUUGUGCCCUGGGUGAUCGCUAAAUACUUAUAUGAAAAUCAACAGUGCUGGGGCCAAAAUAUAAACAUGAAUUACUGGUGGAUCAUCCGUUCUCCGAUACUGCUGGCAGUUGUGAUCAACUUCCUAAUCUUCAUCCAUAUCAUCAAAAUUCUUGUGUCAAAACUUCGAGCGCACCAAAUGAGAUACACAGAUUACAAAUUCAGGUUGGCUAAGUCGACUCUAACCCUGAUCCCUCUGCUGGGCAUCCAUCAUAUGGUCUUCAUCUUCGUGACGGACGAGUCCACGAAAGCCACCAUUGGGCUUCGUCUCACCAAGCUCUUCAGCGACCUCUUCUUCUCCUCCUUCCAGGGUCUCUUGGUGGCCAUCUUGUACUGCUUUGUCAACAAAGAAGUGCAGUCAGAGAUCCUGAAGAAGUGGAAGCGUUGGAAGCUAGGGAGGAACAUCGAGGAGGAGUACCGCCACACCUACAGCAAUACCCCCAACACCAAGACGGCCAGCCUGUUGAAUCACGUCUCUCGACUGCCUCAUCUCCCAGACAUCGCCAAAAGCUCUUCCCCCGUCUGCAGCCCUGAGGAGACGCACAUGCUCGUGGGUGGAUGCCAAAACGGUAUGGCCCACAGUAAGGAGGCAGACCAGUGCUCCUCCCCGGUUCACAAGGGAACCAUCAGCAACUGCACCCUACUGGAGGACAUCAGCCCUACGGACAAGGUGCGGUGUUGCGAGGGUCAGAGAAGGAACAUGGAGAGCCACCUGUGAAAGGCACUGGGAGCGAGAACUCGACGAAGAAAGUUGGACGGCCGUGAGCUCUCAUCUGGCUCUGACAUACCUCCCUGGGUGGCUGUGAAGAGCUGGGCUGAUAGACUCAUCUGUCAGAGCGGUCUUUGCCCAGAGAUUGGUGUCGCUGGGAGAACAAGUGGGCACGCAGCCAGAGAAGGGAGAAUAUUACCGCAGACUCUCACACUGAGGUGUCUAAUGUUCUGUGAGCUUUGCGAAUGGAUUUUUGUAGACGUUUGCCAUACAUCGAAAGAAACUACUGCAUGUUGAACGGUGCAACGACAGCAUCUCAAGGCAGAUAAGCCAUGUAAAAUAAUAAGAAAAAAACCUGAAACCUCAAAUAGCAACUACAGAAACAAAAAAAGAAACAGGGUCCUUGCUUGAGCCUCUGCUUUAAAUCGUGCUGUGUAUCAAAUGUGUGUUUUGUGGUACUGGAGGUUAAAGACAAGCUGGACAUUGAACUGUAUACACAAAAAAGACCAAACAAGUGACUCAAAACAAGAUGGUAGGGAAC